GUGACAGUUGUAUCGUGAAUCCAUUGUUUAUAAAUAUUAAACCUCUUUGAAAACAGCAUACAAUCUUUUAAUCAAAAACAAAACUUAUUCUCAUCCAUGUUGGAGCUGCGCUAAAUAUUGUCAUAAUGGAUGUCUUGAAGGCAGAAAUAGCACGAAAGCGCAAGUUGCUAGAAGACAGAAAGCUGGUGGACGAUAAGAAAAAGUUCUUCAAACGAGGGGAUCUCAUAACUCAAGAAGAAGCAGAAUACAAAGAGAAGUAUGGCCAGGCGUCCUCUGGGAGUGGUGAAACGGAAUCAAACAUCGCUGAUGGCGAAAAAUCUCCAACGAAGGACUCCAAGUUCGACUUUCGCAACCUGCCACGCGCUGAGGUGAACCGUAAACUGCGGGAGCGGGGUGAGCCUAUCCUGUUGUUUGGGGAAAGUGAAGCAGAUUCACGGUAUCGACUGCAUCAACUGGAAAUUUCUGCCCCGGAAAUAAAUCGUGGCUUCCGGAAUGAUUUCCAGGAGGCGAUGGAACAGGUAGAUGAAGCCUUUUUGAACGAAAUUCUGACCUUGAAUGGGCAAGUCGAGGGAAUGAAUAAGGGCAAAAAUUCAAACGAAGACUUUGCGAUCGAUGAUUCUGUCACCUAUGAAUCAAUACAGGAGAUGGCAGUUCGGCUUGGAAGGAGUGGCAAAGAGCACGACAUGCACGUAAUAACCACGCUUAUCCAGUUCAUGUUGAAGAUGUGGAACGAUCAGCUAAACUCGGGAACCACGGCGCAGCGAACUGCCACCAAAUGGAAAAUCGCCAGGGCUACUUUUGAACAGACUCGUCUUUAUCUGAAACCGCUGUUGCGGAAACUUCGUAACAAAUCGAUUCCUGAUGAUAUUCUGGACAGUUUGACCGACAUUACGAAAAGUUUACUCAGACGAGAUUACAUUCAUGCGAGCGAUGCAUACCUCACUAUGGCUAUUGGUAAUGCGCCGUGGCCGAUUGGUGUCACCAUGGUUGGUAUUCACGCUCGAACGGGUCGCGAGAAGAUUUUCUCGAAAAAUGUUGCGCACGUGAUGAACGAUGAAACGCAGAGAAAAUAUAUUCAAGGCCUCAAGCGUUUGAUGACAAAAAUGCAGGAGUACUUCCCGACGGAUCCAUCGAGAUGUGUGGAGUAUGUCAGCAAAAAAGAUUUAGUUUCAUAAUUAUAAUGACUAUUUUUGUGGAAGGAUAUAUAAAGCUUGAUUGAUGUAUUUUAUAAAUAAAUGUAGACUAGAAGGUACUCUUCGAGAAUGGUUUUACGUGUAAUUAUUCUGAAUAAAAAUGCAUGUUACAUAUUUCCUAUAAACCACUAA